CUGGCGCGGCAGAAGCUGCCGUACAGCCCGCAGUGGAGCCUGCUGCUGGCCAUGGCCGCAGGGUCCCUCGCGAGCUAUGUGGUAACCAGAGCUGAGACACAGAAAUGCUCCGACUUCUGGAUUUAUCUGGAGACAGGCAAGUCCCCACAGCAGCUCGCCGUGACUGGUGGGGUGUCUCAGACCACAGAAAAUCUGCUCAGCACAGAGGACAGGGACAGCGCCGCACUGCCGGUGAGGAGGAACAGGUAUGGAGAUGUGGUGGAGUAGCCGGCAAAGCACAGCACUCUGUACCUGUAUCCCACUUCAGCCCCUGCUGCCUGCCCAACCUGUCGCUGCCCAUGCUGCCUGUGCACUUGGUAGGCUUGAUGGCACUGUUGGGAAGCUCAGAGGACUUGAUCCUGCAGCGAGAGUGUGGUGGAGGCACUACAGGGAUCACUGCUGCCCACCUCAUGGCCUCUGAACAUUGCACUGAGGGUACAAUAAAAGUCAAGAACUGAA